UUUAAAGUUUUUGCAAGUACAGCAGACAUGUAGACAUCCAUUAACAUGGACGCUUACUUGGCUGUAACAUGCCAUUUUAUCACCGAGGAGGUGGAGCUGGCCUCUGUGGUCUUGGGGGUUCUGAAGUUUCCCCAAACCCACACUGCAGCUCACUUGGCUGAGGCCAAAAAUCUUCUCAUGGAAGAAUGGGGAAUUAAAGGGAAGGUGACAGGCCUGGUUACAGACUGUGCUCCCAACAUGGUUGCAUGUGCUAAUAUAUUACUGCUUCGGCACAUAAUGUGUUUUGCACAUAUGCUUAAUUUGGUGGUGAAAAAGUCCCUUGCCCAAACCCCUGAACUAGAGGAUAUCCGAAGUAAGGGGCGUAGGAUUGUCGGUCUUUUUAAAUCCAGCACCACAGCGAAGGAGAAGCUGUCAGAGAUGCAGCGACAGCUGGCCAGGCCAGAGCACAAAUUAAUACAAGAGGUGGAAACAAGAUGGAACAGCACAUUUAAUAUGUUGGAAAGGUUGUUUAAGGAGAGAGAGCCACUGGGGGCAGCUCUGGCCACCCUCCAUACAGACCUUCCUCCACUCACCUCAGAGGACUACCAGGCCAUACACCACUGCUUGAGCAUUCUUUCACCGUUUCAAGAGGCCACAGUUGAGCUUUCAACAGAAAAACAAGUGUCAGCAUCCAAAGUCAUUCCCAUGGUCAAAAUGCUGAAACAUUACAUCUCAAGCAGGUGUGGUCAGAUCACACACCCACUUGGUGAAAAACUGGCCACUAACUUGAAGAACAAUCUCCAUGAGAGGUUUUCAGCUCUGGAGAAGGUCACUGCUCUGUCAAUGGCAACCUUGUUGGACCCAAGGUUUAAAGAGCUGGGGUUCUGCAGCCAAGGCUCUGCCCACACGGCCAUAGAGCGACUCACUAAAGAGUGUGCUGCAACAAUGCAGGCGCUACUUCCAGAGGCACAGCCACAGUCGCCACCUAGAGAAGGUUCUUCAAGUCAGCAGGAAGAUGGUGGUCUCUGGGCCCUGCUGGACAGGCAUGUGGGGGUUCAACAGCAGGUGACCAGCACAACUGCCAGUGCAACAGUGGAGGUUCAGAGGUACUUAAAGGAACCUCACAUCCCAAGGACUAAGGACCCACUGAGAUACUGGGUUAUCCACAAGGUUUUAUACCCACAUCUCUACAAGCUGGCAAUGAAGUUUUUAUGCACACCAGCUUCAUCUGUGCCUUGUGAGAGGAUCUUCUCCAAGGCUGGCGAAAUCGUCAGCCAAAGACGAAACAGGCUGAAGCCCAGCACAGUGGAGAAAAUUCUGUUUUUAAAUAAAAAUCUAUAACAUGUA